AUGGAUGAUAUCAAGCUAUAUUCAAAGUCGGAAAAAGAAAUGAAAACACUAAUAGAUAUUACUUCAAAAUUCAGCAGAGAUAUUAACAUGCAGUUUGGGUUGGAUAAAUGUAAAACCAUACACAUUAUUCGGGGCAAAAUUAAACCAGGGGACUACGAUAUUAACAAUAUUGACGUUAUCACAGCUAUGGAACCGGAAGACUUUUAUAAAUAUUUAGGUUACAAACAAUUAAAGGGUUUAGAUCACACAACAAUUAAGAAUACACUAAAGAAUGAAUAUAAAAAUAGAGUAAGCGCCUUAUGUAAAACUCAACUUUCUAGUAAGCAUUUAAUAAAGGCACUGAACACCUACGCGAUUCCUAUUCUAACGUACUCGUUUGGAGUAAUUAAAUGGUCGAAAACUGAGAUCUGCCAACUAGAAAGAACUACACGCACCACACUUACCAAACACAACAAUCUACACCCAAAAUCCGCUAUAGAAAGAUUAACAAUCAAGCGACAACAUGGAGGGAGAGGUCUUAUAGACAUCCACCACCUUUGGCAGAAACAAAUAGCAAAACUAAAACUAUUUUUCCACACAAAAUCUAAUACAAGCAACAUCCACAAAGCCAUCGUUACACAUGACACCAACUACACACCUCUCAACUUACACGAACCAAACUUAUCAUACGACAUCAACAACGACCCACAGAAACAAAAAUUAGAAGAUUGGAAGAAGAAAGUAUUGCACGGUCGUCAUCCCCACGACCUUGAACAGGCGCACAUAGACACAAUAGCUUCCAAUAAAUGGCUUAAAAUAGGCAAUUUAUUUCCGGAAACCGAAGGCUUUAUAAUUGCUAUACAAGACCAGAUAAUUAAUACAAAAAAUUACAGAAAAUUCAUCAUCAAAGACCCUACAAUUACAAAUGAUAAAUGCCGCAAAUGUCACACCCAACCCGAGACCAUUCAACACAUUACAGGAGCAUGCACAACACUCACACAGACAGACUACACUCACAGACACAAUCAACUUGCAAACAUCAUCCAUCAGAACCUAGCAAUCAAACACAAACUCAUACCAGACACAAACACUCCUUAUUACAAGUACACACCACAAAACGUAUUAGAAAAUACCACACACAAACUAUACUAUGAUCGAGCCAUUUUAACAGACAGAACUGUCCACUAUAAUAGACCAGAUAUAACCCUCCGAGAUAAAAUAAAAAAUAUUACAUACUUAAUAGAUAUCGCAGUCCCAAAUACACACAAUUUGCAAAAAACUAUAGGAGAGAAAAUAAGUAAAUAUGCUGAAUUAAAAGAAGAAGUCGCAAGGAUAUGGAGACAAGACAAAGUGUAUAUAGUCCCUAUCGUUGUCUCCACCACAGGUGUGAUACCCAACCACUUACACAAUAGCCUGAAACUCAUAGACCUAAAAGAUACCAUCUACAUCACACUACAGAAAGCAGCCAUCUUGAACACAUGCAGGAUAGUCCGAAAGUUUAUGGAGUUGGAUGAAAACACCACAAGCACAUAA